GUAUGUCUCGAUCGUGGAAUGUUAAAUGAAAUCAGAAAUUGCACGAUCCUCUCUCGCGGAUCUUACACCGUGAUGCUUCCAUGAGGUUUCUCUUUCACUUUCCCCCUCGCUCUUCUUUAAGAAUCACGAACGAGUACUCUGUCUUACUUUUUUAAAUGUUUUCCCUCUCUCAUACUCGUUGCCGUAUUCUUUUCUCCAUUCCUCCAACAUCGUUCGUUUUGCCUUUUUGUCGCUCUCGUUGACGCCUCGCCAAGCAUAUUAUACAACGACGUAGGUAUGUGGCCGACAGUUUACCUCAGGAUCUCGAUCUGUUUGGGACGCAAAGGAUUGGAAAUUCUAAAACUGUGCUUGCUUGCUUCCUAACUAAUUUUUUGUUCUCCGAUCAAAUUCACAACGAAAAACGAGGAAAGAAAAGUAAUAUAAAAAUGGGAAAGUACGUUAGAAACAUAAAUGACAGCGUAAAGACUACAACGACAGAAGCGUAUAUGCUCACAUCGGAAGUACCUUUGACUGCCGAAGAAGAAGAUGCGAUUGUUUUGAUAGUAGUUGUGAUCGGUAUCAUCAUUGCUAUAAUGGUGUUAUUCUCGAUGGGUAUCUUUAUAGAUUGUAAACAUCAGAAGACAGAUUCUAUGAAAAGAAGAAAACUGAGAUUGAAAAUGCCUCCAUUAACACGAAGAAGUCGAAAAGACGAAGUGAAAGCUUUAGCUUCGGAUAUGUGUCCGAACGCUAGCGAUAUGGAGUUCAGAGCAAGAGAUGUUAUAGUCUGAUGUAUUUAGGACAAUUAUUACUUCAUAAAGACUUCAAUAAAACUUUAAAAAAAUUA